AAACCGGGCGAUUCUGCAAGAUGGAGAGCGAACACUGUCAGCGGCCAGCUGGGGCCAGGGUCGAAGUCCAUCAGACCGAAGCCCUCACUCGGGACGGUCCCCGGAGGCAGGUGGCACCAGGAGGGACCUCGGAGCCUGGAGGAGCCGGAGCUCUCUGCCGCCGCCAAGCUGGAGUUGGACGUGAAGACCGGGGGCGCCGGGCCCGUGGCUGCCGCCCAGCGGCUCCGCGGGGCGGAGACCCGGGAGGAGAGCGAGCCGGCCACGGUGGCCUCCGGGCGGGCUGGCCGCGCCGGGAGCGCGCUGCGCUGGUUCUCCACCGCGGUCCUGUACGCCGCCUUCCUGGGGCUGGGAAUGAGCGUCGCCAUCCUGGGACCGACGUUUCAAGACCUGGCGGCGAACGUGAACAGAAACAUCAGCAGCCUGUCUCUGCUCUUCGUGGGCCGCGCCACUGGGUUCCUGGGUGGCACCGUGGUGGGCGGGGCUCUCUUCGACCGCAUGAACCAGUACUUUCUCCUGGGAGUGUCGAUGUUGGCGACGGCCGCGGUGCUCUAUCUCAUCCCUUUCUGCAAGACGGCCUUCUUAGUGAUCGUCACCAUGUCUGGCUUCGGGGCUUCCGCUGGCGUGGUCGAUACAGGUGCAAAUGUCCUCAUCUUGGCUCUUUGGGGGGACAAAGGAGCCCCCCAUAUGCAGGCCUUGCACUUCAGUUUUGCCUUGGGUGCUGUCCUGGCGCCCCUGCUGGCUAAACUGGCCUGGGGCACAGCAGCAUCUGCUCAGAACCACACCGAGUCCGACUUUGAUCCUCUAAUGCUGAACCGAUCCUCUGAGGCCUCCACAGGCUCACUGUUUGCGGUACCCGAUGACAUGAAUCUCCUGUGGGCGUAUGCUUCCAUCAGCACCUAUAUUUUAGUCGUUUCUGUCUUUCUCUUUGGUCUGUUUUGUAAGAAACACUCAAAGCAAGAGAAAGCCACAGCAUCUGCUCAGGUAGCUCAAAGGGCUAAAUAUCACUGGGCCCUGCUCUGCCUCCUCUUCUUCUUCUUCUUCUUUUACGUGGGAGCUGAGGUGACCUACGGCUCUUAUGUAUUCUCCUUUGCCACCACCCACGUUGGCAUGGAAGAAAGCGAGGCAGCUGGCUUGAACUCCAUCUUCUGGGGCACCUUUGCAGCCUGCAGGGGCCUGGCCAUCUUCUUUGCAACAUUCUUACAGCCUGGAACCAUGAUCGUGCUGAGCAACAUUGGCAGCCUGGCCUCAUCUUUAUUUCUGGUGCUUUUUGACAAGAACCGUCUUUGUCUCUGGAUUGCAACAUCUGUGUAUGGAGCCUCAAUGGCAACCACGUUUCCCAGCGGCAUUUCCUGGGUUGAGCAGUACACCACCUUAACUGGGAAAUCUACAGCAUUCUUUGUCAUUGGUGCUGCCCUAGGAGAUAUGGCCAUUCCUGCAGUGAUCGGGAUUCUCCAGGGACACUACCCAGAUCUGCCUGUAGUCCUGUACACAUGUCUGGGGUCAGCCAUCUUCACUGCUGUUUUGUUUCCUGUGAUGUAUAAAUUAGCCACCUUACCCCUGAAGCGCCAGCGCAAAGGAAGAAAACAGAGUGAGGACCAGAAGGCUUUGUCCACUAGUUCUAGGCUUUGAGGAAGAGACUAUAUGUGAAGAUUUUUUAAAAGGGGGUGGGGGUGGGGAAGGGGAAUGAAACCAGUUUUGGAGUGGUUGAAGUGAGUGGUCCAUGGGGCCAUCUGGAAGGCAGACAUCUGGAGAUUUGUGAUGGAGCCCACAGAAGUGCCUUUUAUUGAGUUCCUCUGCGGUUAAUAAAGGCAAUCCCCGUGACUCACACCUGGACAGAAGGGACACAUGCUGCAGAGAGGGCGAAUUACUUAGGGACUUCACUGGAUAAGGAGUUCAGUCAACUGGGGAGUGAAAAUCUCUCAAUACCCGCCGACAUCUAAGCUUUCCAGGUCUAUUUGUAGAGAAUGCUAGAAAAUUUAGAAAUGUCCCGUGACUCUCAGUCAUCCAUAAACUACCAAGUGCUCUCGUACAGUAAACCCUUGCUAGGAGACUGUUCUGGCAGUUGAAUUAUUAGGUGAUAUUUAUGCCACCUUGAAGGUGGUGGAGGCCAGGAAGCUGUGGGCAUUCUGGCAUAUCAGAUGGGCUUUCUCGGCAGUGACCACCUGCCCCCUUUCUACCACGUGUUCAGGGAGCAGUGUUGUGAAAUCAUUCUUGUAAGGAUCAGGUGUUGCUGUAGGGCCGAGUCACAGCAUGCCAGCGACAGUGACUGAUUUCAGCUUUUUAUUGCUGUGAAGGAAACCCAGCAAGGUUUAAGGCAUGUGACUCUGCCUAUCAGGUUUUCCCCCGGGGCUCUCAACAUAGGCCCCUGGGUCAUCUCCAGUCCCCAAACUGAAAAUCGAUGCAUCAUGAUGUUUUCACAAGAUGUCUCCCAGAAAUCAAGAUAGCCCACUUUUCAUUGCAAAUAUUAAAUAAAUAUGUGCCAUUUAAUGUGCUUAA